AUGCCGUCCUCUGCACCUGUCCUACGGCCCAAGAAGGCUCUCCCCGUCAACGCCCAUAAGGAGGAAGAGCCGAUCAGCUACGACAUCAAUAUCCCUUACGUUGAUGUCACCAAGGAGUCUCACCUACGCACCAGAUACCCCGAAUACCUUCCCACGUGGGACAAAGUCUGGUUCGAUCCUCUUCCUCCCUUUGAAUAUCAGGACCCUGCCCUGCGCGUGAAGGAUAAGUCCAAGCGCAAUCUCUUGACACCCAGCACAAAGGUGACGGAGAUCCAACCACGCAUAGGUAGCAUUGUGGAAGGCGUUCAGCUCAAUCAGCUCACGGAUGCCCAGAAGGAUGAGCUUGCCCUUUUGGUUGCCGAACGCAAGGUGGUAGCUUUCCCGGACCAGGAUCUAAUCGAUGAUGGUCCUGAGGCACAAGAAGCUUUCAUGCGUCACUUUGGCAAGCCCAAUUACCAGCCCGUCUCUGGCUCGAUGCGCGGACAUCCAGGUUUCCAUAUCAUCCAUCGCGACGGUAACCGCGAAGAGAUCACUCGCUUCCUGUCGCAGCGCACCACCACGACGCUCUGGCACCAGGAUGUCAGCUACGAGAUCCAACCCCCGGGCUAUGUGAUGCUUGGGCUGCUGGAGGGACCUGAAGUAGGUGGUGAUACUGUUUUCUCUGCGACCGAUAUGGCAUACAAGCGCCUUUCUCCAACGCUCACCUCUUGGUUGGACACGCUGCGCGCAACCCAUUCAUCGGCAAAAAUGAUUCAGCAUGCACGUCUGACUGGGGGCCUGGUACGCAAAGAAGCCGUCGACACCGUCCACCCGCUUGUGCGCGUCCACCCAGUCACGGGCGAGAAAUGCCUAUUUGUGAACGGCGAAUUCAUCACCAAGAUUCAAGGUCUGAAGGAGCCCGAGCAGCGCUGGUUGCUGGACUUCCUCAUGCAGCAUAUCAUCACUGGGCACGACUUUCAGGCGCGAGUGAGGUGGCAGCCUCGGACCAUUGUGAUUUUCGACAAUCGCUGCACAACGCAUUCCGCCAUUGUCGACUACCUCGAUGAUGAUAACGGCGCCAAACUCCGUCACAUCUUCCGUCUGUGCGCAUUGGGCGAAAAGCCCAUCCCUGUAUACGACCAAUUCGAGUAA